AUGCACUGUGGAAGACCUUCGUCAGGAGACCGUGCUCGGAUCCGGCGCGCGAUGCGCUCUUCAAGGCGUCAAACGACGGAGGUCGGUUAUGUCCCGCCACCGCCAUCUUCUUCAUCAACACCGUUGUCAGACACUUCCCUUUUUGCCGAUCCCCUGAGAAGCCAGAGUCAGCCACCCUCGGGCGAUGCCUCUGCCCAGGGAACCCUCUCCAGACAGCGCAGCGGAGAGGGUCUACUUCGCACAGAAUCAACGAAUUACAUGAACGGUCGAGUUUCGGCAGCCCCACCCUCUCCACAGUCUGCUACCUCCGUUGGCCACCUUAACCCCCGCUAUCGUUCGGCGUCUUCCGCUUCAACUACGUCCGCGCAGCUCCGUUCGACUGACCACGUUGUUGGUGGUGGUGCUGAGAGCACUGGAGGGGGCGAGAAUUCCUCCAGCUCGGAGCUCUAUCUGACGCCCCCACGCGGUGCUGGAAACGGUAGCAGCGGGGUAGGCGGUAUUUUGCGACGCAGCAGACACGUUUCAGGCGAGGGACAGGAGGAGUCAAAUCGACCACCUACGGCUGAAUCUCCCGUUGUCUUUAGAUUGCGUCAAGGAUCAACUACUUUUUCGACUACGUUUAACCCUUCAACCAGUGCCACCAGCCAAGAGCCCGAGUCCGACCACGAUCUAUUUCUCGGUGAAAACAGCCGUCUCCCCUUUCGCAGUGAGGACCACAUGCAGCGGGUCUUCCUUAACCUAAACGAAAUGCGACGGCACAACCUCCUCUGCGACGUCGUCCUGAAGGCCGGCAGUGUUGAGGUUCCCGCGCACAAGAACGUUUUGGCGGCAAGCUCUCCCUACUUUCAUGCCAUGUUUACGGGCGAGAUGACGGAGAGUCGUGCCGGCACCGUAAACAUCGGAAAUGUCGACGGGACUGCGCUUGCGCUCCUCAUCGACUUCAUUUACACAGCGGAGGUCCUCAUCACUGAAGAAACUGUACAAUUUCUUCUUCCGGCUGCUAACCUCCUCCAGUUAACCAGCGUUCGCGAUGCCUGCUGCGAGUUCCUCCAAUGUCAACUCCACCCAACUAACUGCCUUGGCAUUCAGCGUUUCGCCGACAUGCACGACUGCUCCGAGCUGCUUCAGGUCAGCCGGCGCUUCACCGAACAACACUGCGGUGAAGUCUUGCAGCACGGUGAUGAAUUCCUGAAUCUCUCUAAGGACCAGUUGAUCAGCCUUAUCUCCAGCGACCAGAUCCGUGUGGCCGAGGAGCAGGUCUUCGAGGCAGCUCUUCGUUGGAUACGUCAGGACCCAGCUCACCGGGAAACCCCUGAGAUAGCCGCCGAGGUGUGUAGCCACGUGCGCUUCGGUCUGCUACCCAGAAACUACCUCGUUCGACUCUCUCAGUCAGAUGAUUUUCUUUACUCCAACCCCUGGUGCAAGGAUUUUCUUCUAGAGGCUAUGGGAUUCCUUUUGUUGCCAUGGGAACAAAGGAGACGCAACACAUCAGAACGCAUGAGGCCGCGCAGUGUUGGUGCACCAAAGGCAAGCAGUCGUUUUCACUUCCGAAAAACCGGCCAAGCCCUUCUCGUGUUCGGCGGCCAGGCCCCAAAGGCAAUUCGGUCAGUCGAGUACUAUGACUUUGCAACGGAUACCUGGACUUCAGCAGGAAGUAGCGUUGCCAUGCAAUCCUCUUCUUCAUCGCAGUCCUCCUCCGGCUUGCGUUUCCCGAUUACUGACCUGCCUAACAGACGGUGUCGCUGUGGCGUGGCGGUUGUGGGUGGCCUUAUCUAUGUGAUUGGGGGCUUCAAUGGAGCCCUGCGUGUCCGCUCCGUGGAUAUUUACGAUCCUGUCAGACGAUGCUGGCGCGCCGGACCAAGCAUGGAGUGCAGGCGGUCGACGCUCGGAGUCGCCGUAUUAGAUGGUGUUAUCUACGCCGUUGGUGGGUUCAAUGGCGCCAAAGAAGCCCUUGAUCCAUGGUCGGGUGUUUGGAAGUCCGUAGCUCCAAUGUCCGUUUCCCGCUCUUCCGUUGGUGUCGGUGUGCUUGGGAGGCGCCUUUACGCUGUUGGUGGUUACGAUGGGACAAGUAGGCGUUGUCUUGCCUCGGUAGAAUGCUACAACCCCCUUACUAACCAGUGGUCACCCGUUGCCGAUAUGAAUCACCGACGGAGUGGACCUGCAGUGUCUGACUUGGCUGCCAGGAUCUACGUGGUUGGUGGACACGAUGGACUACUCGUGCGUUCUUCCGCCGAGUACUUGGAUCCACGAGUUGGCGUCUGGUGCAGCAUAGUUGAUAUGCACUUCCCUCGAAGAAAUGCUGGAUUGGUCUCACACAAUGGAAUGCUCUACGUGGUUGGCGGAGACGACGGAACAGCCAACCUGGACUCGGUUGAAACCUACGAUUCACACCUCAAUAUUUGGACGCUCCUAUCCGGAAGACUUAACACCGCCCGGUGCUACGCCGGUGUUGCCCUUAUAGACAGUGCCUCCCCAAUAAGUAACUCCUAG